AUGCCCAGUAGACUAGUGCAAGAAUAAAAAUGGCGACUUUGUUUAUAGCUCGUAGAUUCCUCAGCAGUUCUGUCCCUCGUCUCCACCUCACCAUCAGUGUGGCCAGACCCGCUCCUCUCAGCCUACAGAUGAACCUCUCCACCCCUGAGCUCAAGGCUGCAUAUGACAAGUCGUGUGGCCAUUGGUCCAAGUUAUCAAAGGAAGAGACUGUGAUGUUAUACAGAGCAACGUUUCCCCAGAGCUUUAAAGAACUCAAGGACGCCGAGAAAGGCUAUGGGCCGAAAGUUUUUGCUGGUACAACUUUGGCAAUAAUAAUUGGAGUAAUACUGGCUGAGUUCUUUAAAAGGACAAUUGGUCCUGAAGUACCCCAUACUCUUGAUAAUCCUCAGUGGGAGGAGGACACUAGGAAGAAGUUGAUAAGACAGAAGGCUAACCCGAUAGAAGGCAUCAGCUCUCGUGUCAAUUAAUAGCUCCCAGUCUGCUAGUGACUUAUUAGAAACAUUCCUUAAGCUGUUGAAUAGAUUAUUAUUAUUAUUAUUAUUAACAUUAUUAUUGAUUGGAUUAUCAUAAAACAGUUUCUGCACAUUUUGUUACAAGCACAUUGUUCAUUAAUAUUACUUUACAUGUCCAUUACUGUCUGGUAAA